AUCUGGCACAUCAUCAUCCGAAACAAAAGGAGAGGCAACGAAAUAAACAAAAAAAAUAAAAAUAUAAAUAAUUAUUAAUUAAACCCGACCCAGCCAAAUGGCAGAGCGUGUGUUACUCACUCCUUCGCUGCCUUUACUCUCUCCACCGUCUUCAAUCAAAAUGGCUGUUUUGGGUGGCGCCGCCUCUACUCGCCUCAUCCCCUCCGUCACACUCUCCUCCUCUUCUCGUUCUUUCUUCUCGUUCUCAUCAUCUUCUUCUUCCUCGCUCCAAUGCUUUCGCUCCUCUCCUCGCAUUUCUCACCUGUUCCUCAACCAGCGAAGAGCAGAGGUUCGUGUUUCGAGUGGAGGAUACGGAACGGUGUCUGCGCCGAAGUCCUUAGCGUCUGAUCCUGAUCAGUUGAAGGGCGCUAGAGAGGAUAUCAAGGAGCUUCUCAGGACUAAGUUCUGUCAUCCUAUUUUGAUUCGUUUGGGAUGGCAUGAUGCUGGUACUUAUAAUAAGAAUAUUGAGGAGUGGCCACAGAGAGGCGGAGCUAAUGGUAGCUUAAGAUAUGAAGUUGAGCUGAAACAUGCAGCCAAUGCCGGACUUGUAAAUGCAUUGAAACUUCUUCAGCCAAUCAAAGACAAAUACUCUGGUGUGACAUAUGCAGACUUGUUUCAGUUGGCUGGUGCUACAGCUGUGGAGGAAGCUGGAGGCCCUAAAAUCCCUAUGAAAUAUGGUAGAGUGGACGUAUCUGGACCUGAACAAUGCCCUGAAGAAGGGAGACUUCCUGAUGCUGGCCCCCCUUCUCCUGCUGAUCAUUUGCGUCAAGUUUUCUACCGAAUGGGUUUGAAUGACAAAGAAAUUGUUGCAUUAUCUGGUGCACACACACUGGGGCGGAGCAGACCAGAUCGCAGUGGUUGGGGCAAGCCUGAGACUAAAUAUACGAAAGAUGGACCAGGAGCACCUGGAGGACAAUCCUGGACAGUGCAAUGGUUGAAGUUUGAUAAUUCCUACUUCAAGGACAUCAAAGAAAAAAAGGAUGAAGAUCUACUGGUGUUGCCAACUGAUGCUGCUCUUUUUGAAGAUCCAUCGUUCAAGGUAUAUGCUGAGAAAUAUGCUGAAGAUGAGGGAGCAUUCUUUAAAGAUUAUGCUGAAGCCCAUGCCAAACUCAGCAACCUAGGAGCCAAAUUUGAUCCUCCAGAGGGCAUUGUGAUAGAUGAUUCUCCAAAUGCAGGGGCAGAGCAGUUUGUAGCAGCCAAGUACUCCUCCGGAAAGGAGUAAAAACAAGUGUCAUGUUUUCUUGUUCCAGUAUCUUUUAGUAAUACAAGAAGAAGCUAUUUUCAAAUCAUGUGAUAUCACGUGUAAAAUUUGGAAGUUUUAAAUCAAGAAGAAAGGAAUAAAAUUCAGUAGUGUGCCUAUUUGAAUUGCAGAGAGAGCUGUCUGAGGCUAUGAAGCAGAAGAUACGGGCUGAAUAUGAGGCAAUUGGUGGAAGCCCAGAUAAGCCUCUACAGUCAAACUAUUUUCUAAAUAUCAUGAUUAUUAUUGCUGUUUUGGCAUUUUUGACAUCACUGCUUGGAAACUAGUUGGAUUUUGCUUUUCUGGUCUUUGCUAUAUAAUUAAUUGGCAUUUGCACACUUGUUCUAUUUUUUUUUCCUUGGUAGCACGUAUUUUCUUGAUCGAGUGAAAAUAAGCGCUUGAAAAUUGCAUAUUAAUGCAAUAAUAAAUCAUAUAAUCAUGACUUGGUCCGUGAUUGAGGUAUAACAAAAUUCACCCCCAAUGGGUUGGUGAAAUGAGGUGUUAGAGGCUACUUGAUUGGUGCCCAAUGACUUGAUUAUAUGUUUAUAAGUUAUAUCUUUUUUCUUGGCACAUUAAUCAUCCAAAUCCUUUUGGACUGGCCCUACCUUUAUUUUCUUGACAGAACACGAGAGGGAAAUUGGAAUAGAAAUGUUUAGAAAUAAAAAAGUUCAAAAGUGCCUUUUUGAGUUCUAUUUUAUCUUUUUUUUCAAGGGUCAUAGGUGUAAGUUUAAACCAAAAUAAGAUAGAGCAUUCCAUUUGACAUUCUGGGAGAAAAAACGGGGGUUCGAGGGGGUGAAUCCCCUGCGAUGCUGUUUCCCCAUCAUCUUUUGAAACGCCCACAUGCCCUGAUCCGUCUAGCUAUAGCACCAUUUAGUCCCAUACCACCCUAAAUCUAAAUUCACCAAAAGUUUGUUGAAGAAAACUUCUGAGGUCAUUAUCACUCUGGACUUUCUUUUCUUUGACUCAAAUGAAAAAUAAGGUAGAGCCAAAAAUUCUUUUUGAUUUUUCAUUUUUUAAUUUC